UUGGCCGCUCUGGAGAUGAUCCGUGGGCAUGUGCCAAAGGUAGGGGAAAAGAUGGCGGAGCCGUCGGGUGUCUCUUCGGAAGCUCCUUGGGGAGGAAAAGUUGAUAUUUCUUAUGACAAUGGGUUGGAUUCUGCACUCUUUGUGGAAAACAGAAAAAAAGUGAUGAUUGUAUCAAGAGCUAAUAGUAUUGGUUCUACCAGUGCCUCUUCAGUACCAAAUACAGAUGAUGAAGACUCUGAUUACCAACAAGAUACCUACAAAGAAUCAUACAAGGAUCGCCGUCGCCGUGCUCAUACACAAGCUGAGCAAAAGCGGAGGGAUGCUAUCAAGAAAGGUUAUGAUGAUUUGCAAGCAAUUGUACCCACAUGCCAGCAGCAAGAUUUCUCAAUAGGCUCCCAGAAGCUAAGCAAGGCGAUUGUACUCCAGAAGACCAUUGAUUAUAUUCAAUUCUUGCAUAAAGAAAAAAAGAAGCAAGAGGAAGAGGUCUCCACUCUCCGAAAAGAUGUGCUGGCCUUGAAAAUCAUGAAAGUAAACUAUGAAGAGAUUGUUAAAGCUCACCAGGACAAUCCCAGUGAAGGAAAGAAUCAGAUCUCUGACCAAGUGAAGUUCAAUGUUUUCCAGGGUAUCAUGGACUCCUUGUUCCAGUCCUUUAAUGCCUCCAUCUCUGUAACAAGCUUUCAGGAGCUCUCAGCUUGUGUUUUCAGCUGGAUAGAAGAGCAUUGUAAGCCACAGACCCUGCGAGACAUUGUCAUUGGUGUACUGCAACAACUGAAGAGCCAACUCUACUAAUCAAAGAGAAAGCUUUGAAGGGCCUAAUUUGCAGAUAUAUGGCCAAGAAGCGUUAUUCCUUCCAGUAAUUCCAUUUCAAGCUUUUUUUUUUAGGGCUACAGAUUGAUUUUACCUCUGGAAUCCCCUCAGUUUACACAGCAAGCUCUUCAGAUGAGGAGAAAAAUAAUCAGCUCUCAAUUCAUGUGGAUUGCUUGCUGCCAUCUCUUUGAAGCCUUGGCUCUACUGUUCCUAUGCAUUAAUGUAGCUGAUUUAAUAGAAAUGUAUUUACAAUAUAUCAGGAUUUCGCAGUGAGCCAAAUUCUUUUCUUAAAUGUGCAGAAACACCGGAAUGUCUCUUCGCCUCGGUUUGGUAAAUACUUUUUCUAAAUGCCUAGUUGUUAUAUCUAAGGUUUGGUUCAAGGAGCAGUAGCUAGUGUAAUGAUUAUAAAAACAAAGCUAUGUAGCAUUUACCUUGGGUUAAGGGCAGAGAACUAGGGAAAUUAAGCAAUAAACUGCCUUCCUUUGUAUAAUACAUUCUGAUAGCCUUGUAGAGAGCUAGUAAGUUUCUUGUAACAACCUUCAGUUGUGUAGCCAACCUCCAGCUUUUGAAAAUUAACCUAUAUGCAAUCAUCAUUUGCCUUCCCUUCAAUUCUAUGGAUUAAAAGUCUGAAUAGGCUUAUCAAUUAUGUUGUAUUAGCAAUAAAAGGGAAAAUAUCUUUUACUCUCUUGCAGCCUUGGUUUCUAAUAAUGCAAUGAAGUGAAUUAAGCCAACUCCCUUCUGCAGCUGCUUUUUUUGUUUAUUUUAUUUCUUUUGCUGCAAAAGUGGAUCUGCUGCCUUUUACAGACACCACUUUCUGGAUCUACUGCUGGCUGGUGGAGAAGGAUAUUAACUCAGACAAGACUUUGCUAUUUUUUUAUGAUGACAUGCAGUUCUAAUAAAUUUGCUAUGUGGUUGAAUGACUUUGUCAGUUUUGCCUGAUUUUAUCUGAAAUAAUAUUUUAGAAGACUUUGAACCUAGGUAUUUCGGUUGAAAUUAUUCUAGUUAUUUCAUGGUAAUUAUAUAAAAUGCUAAUUUCCAAAUUGGGGGCUAUCCUAUUGUUUUGGACUCUGAAUCAUAUAUAAUGUUCCACUGACAUCAGACAUUUCCACAAUAUUGGCCUUUAUUUGAUGAAGGAUCAGCAACUUGAAAUUAAGCCAACUCCUUUCUGCAGGAGUUAUCAAAAUGAAUGUAUUAUACAUCUGGCUUUUUUUGUGCUAUUGCAAUUCUUUUGCUACUGAAAAUUUGUAUUUUACUCACAAACUUUGGUAAUAUGAUCUUGUAAUGCAAUUGCCAGUCACAUGCAACCAUACAGAAGUAAGCCGAUAUUUGAUCUAAUCUAAUAGGUUAAAGAUCAAAUAAAUGCAACAUCA